AUGGAUGCUUGCGCAAAACGUAUUAGAGUAGCCGAAUUACGUUCACCACUUACAUUUGAUAAAUCUAUCAUACGAGAUGAUGUCGAUUCUGAAUUGUUAACAAAACGUCGAUGUUCAGGUAGAAAUAGACGUUGUGGACCAAGUAAUUCUUCUAAUGAUGAUGGUGAUAGAAAUAAAGGAUUAUUUAGAGGAAUAUUAUAA